AUGAUGGUAUACGAGGAUGAAGCCUUCCAAGAAGCCCAUCUCUACGCUUCUCGUGAAGAAAUGGAGUCCCUUGCUCUUCAUGAUGACGGUAAUACCAAUAAAUCAUCCACCUUCAACGGCAGUGCAAAUGGCAGAGAUGAUAAUGAACACCACUACUCUCUCCCGUCACCGGUAACCGUUGCAGAAACUACAACUAACGAAGAUGGUGGUCCUCUUGAACUUUUAUCUUCCCCUCACGGAAACCGUAAUUCGUUCAAUUCGUUCCUUGAGCCUCCUUCUUAUGCAGACGCAAUGUUCAGAUCGUUUGAUGGUGACCACGGCAAGCAAAUCAACGGCCUCGGCGUUGUCUCUACGUCAGCGCAGUCUACCAGUUCUGAUUAUUUGGAAAUUUCGGUUACACAUCCACGAAAGGAGCACGGUGUAGCUAACUCGCGAGUUUCCGGCGUGAACACUUACGUGACCUACUUGAUAACCACAUGGACGAAUCUUCCGGAGUUCAAUGACACCUUUAGCGUUCGGAGACGGUUUUCAGAUGUUGUGACGUUAUCGGAUCGAUUACUGGAUUCAUAUCGAGGGUUUUUUCUUCCAAUGAGGCCUGAUAAGGGUGUCGUUGAGAGCCAGGUUAUGCAAAAGCAAAAGUUUGUUGAGCAGAGGAGAAUCGCUGUGGAGAUGUACUUGAGAAACCUGGCUGCUCAUCCAGUUAUCCGGAGAAGUGAGGAGCUAAGAGUGUUUUUGCAGGUUCAGGGGAAGCUGCCGUUGGUGAAGACCGCAGAUGUGGCAUCAAGGGUGCUGGAUGGGGCAGUGAAGCUGCCUAAGCAGUUGUUUAGGGAGUCUGUUAUUGAUCCCAGCGAGGUGGUGCAUCCGGCGAGAGGGAAAGAUUUGCUCAGGAUAUUCAAAGAGAUGAGGCAAUCGGUUACAUAUGGUUGGGGUGGGACGAAGACGCCUCUGAUGGAAGAGGAUAAGGAGUUCAUGGAGAAGCGGAUGAAGUUGCAAGAUUUUGAGCUGCAGUUGACUAAUGUCUCUCAGCAGGCUGAAUCUCUUGUUAAAGCUCAACAAGACAUUGGGGAGAGCAUGGGGCGGUUGGGGUUGGCCUUUGUCAAACUAACUAAAUUCGAGACAGAGGAAGCUGUGUUCAACUCUCAGAAAGUGAGAGCCAGAGAUAUGAGAUCUGUGGUUACUUCUGCUGUUAAAGCAAGUAGGUUGUAUCGGGAGUUGAAUGCACAGACCAUCAAACAUUUGGAAAAGCUUCAUGACUACCUAGGAGCAAUGUUGGCUGUGAAUAGUGCGCAUUCAGAUCGAUCAAAUGCUUUGUUGACAGUACAGACUCUUGAAUCAGAGGUUUCAACUUUAAACUCGAGGAUUGAAAAACUUGAAGCAGUUGCAUUCAAGGUAUUUGGUGGUGACAGGUCUAGAAUUCAGAAAAUAGAGGAGUUGAAAGAAGCCAUGAGAGUUACAGACGGUGCAAAAGAUUGUGCAGUCAGAGAAUAUAAACGUAUAAAGGAGAAUAACAAGAGUGAACUCGAGAGACUGGACAAAGAGAGGCGUGACGAUUUCUUUGGGAUGUUGAAAGGAUUUGUCAUCAACCAGGCAGGAUAUGCAGAGAAGAUGGCAAGUGCAUGGGAAACAACUGCGAAUGCAACAAGUGGAUAUGCACAAAUUUGUAGCUCAAAGUGGGAUGUUUGA